GCGGGCGGAGCGCUGGUGUGCGAACGGCCGCGCAUGCGCAGGCGCGCCGCCCCGGUGCCGGGCAGCGAGGGAUGCAUCACUAUUUCCCUGCUCCGGCGGGCCCUCCGCCCCCCAUUUCCCAGUUCCUCUCUCCGGACUCUCCCUUUCCGGAUUAUUUUUAGUCUCCUUUUCCUGCCUUCAAGAUUCCUGGAGCCUCUGACCCCAAGAGACCAGGAGGCCCCGGGCAUGAUCUCUACCCUGCCCUGGCCUCAUCCCUGCCUGCCUCCUCCGCCGCCCCCCCCCACGCCAUCUGCUCAGAGAGGCCCCCGUGGGAGCCUGGGUCCUGCCAGGAUGCCUGGUGGGGGGUCAGGAGACCAGACUGAAGGCAAAAUUGUAACAACGACCAACCAGGCACUACCCGAUCCGCCCUCUGCCCUCCGUGUCUGUCCAGGGGCCUCCUCACUGGCUGUGCCUGCUGCCUGGAAACCCGCCUCCCAAGACAUCCCCAUGGUUCUCCCGUGAUUAACUGUUGGCAGACUCAUGAGCAAGGACAGGAGUCCAGGAUCCCAGGCUCUCCCGCCACUAGCUGACAGUGUAAACCUAAACCCAGGGAUCUAAACCCUGCCUUGCCCUGUCCGCCCUUCUCUGGAUUGCCGCAAGGAUCAAGAGCUCAGGGCUGUAACUGCGCUCCCACGCCAACCUUCGGGGCGCGCAGCUAGCCGCACCCCUGCGCUGGAGCCUACGAGUACUCUCCCUCAGCCUCAGGAGAUCCAUCCGGUCCAACAGCCAACCAUCCUUAUCAUCCCACCUGCCACCCUCCUGCCUUUCCGCCCUUCCUUGACCGCAAAUCCUUAACCGACAGAGCCCUGCCAGUCUCCCCAGACUCUCCUAAACUCCUUUUUCUUCUCUCUUUGCCAGCUCCUGACUCCCAAAGUCCAGCUAACCCUUGACCUCUUGACAUUUAACCUUUACAGUCUUGACUCCAGACCUCUCCCGUUCCUACCUCCUGCAACCCAGACUGCUAAGACUAAGGCCCUCCCACUGAUCUGACCCUCCCCCCCUUCUCUGAAGCUCUUUUUUACUUUCUUACCCCUGUGCCACUUCCUGUUACUGCUACCCCACCAUGGACUUCUUAAUGAGCGGCCUAGCAGCCUGCGGGGCUUGUGUCUUCACCAACCCCCUGGAAGUGGUAAAGACCAGGAUGCAGCUGCAGGGGGAAUUGCGGGCCCCCGGCACCUACCAGCGGCACUACCGAAACGUCUUCCAUGCCUUCAUCACCAUCGGCAAGGUGGAUGGCCUGGCUGCCUUGCAGAAGGGACUGGCCCCCGCCCUCUUAUACCAGUUCCUGAUGAAUGGCAUCCGGUUGGGCACCUACGGGCUGGCCGAGGCUGGGGGCUACCUGCACACUGCCGAAGGCUCCCUCAGCCCUCCCCGAAGCGCAGCAGCUGGGGCCCUGGCUGGGGUCAUGGGAGCCUACCUGGGGAGCCCCAUCUACAUGGUGAAGACACACCUACAGGCACAGGCAGCCUCGGAGAUCGCGGUAGGGCACCAGUAUAAGCACCAGGGCAUGUUUCAGGCGCUAAGCGAGAUUGGCCAGAAACAUGGUCUGGUGGGGUUGUGGCGUGGGGCCCUGGGCGGCCUGCCCCGAGUUGUCAUCGGUUCCUCCACCCAGCUGUGCACCUUCUCAUCCACCAAGGAUCUCAUCACUCAGUGGGAGAUAUUUCCUCCCCAGAGCUGGAAGGUGGCUCUGGCGGCCGCCAUGGUGAGUGGCAUCGCGGUGGUCCUGGCCAUGACACCAUUCGAUGUGGCCAGCACGAGACUCUACAACCAGCCCACAGACGCUCAGGGCAAGGGCCUCAUGUACCGGGGAAUUCUGGAUGCUCUGUUGCAGACCGCUCGGACAGAGGGCAUUUUUGGCAUGUACAAGGGUAUAGGUGCCUCCUACUUCCGCCUUGGCCCCCACACCAUCCUUUCCCUCUUCUUCUGGGACCAGUUACGCAGCCUCUACCACACGUACACCAAAUAGCAACAGCACUCCUUCCCACACCAGCACAUCAGUGCUCCUUAGGCACUCCCGCCUCCGCUGCUGUGUCCCGGUGACUCCCCACCAGCCAGCUGAUCUUCUCAUCCGUCCAGGGGGACAGCCAACUCCACUCCCUGUCUUCUCAGGGUUGAAUCACUACAAGGGAUAGCUUCCCUCCCUUUCUUGGGUGUCACUUUCUUCAACCCUUCCCUACCCGUCCUCCUGGACACCUUCAUACCCCUCUCUCAAGGCUGAACCAGUCACUCCAAAGGAUUUCCUCCUUGUAUUUCGGCGGCCUUGGGUCCCUUCUGAUCCUGUGCACAAACUUUACACUCCCCACUCCAAGACCAAAGGGGACCGGGGGGCCCAGAUGUCUUGUCAGAUGCCACGGCACACAGAUUACCUUGCGUAUAAAGCAAGUUUAUUUCUGCAGGCA